AUGGGUUGGGAACCCCCCAAGCUCCAAUUCGACGACCAAGAUGAAGUCUUCCCCCCUCCUCCGGAUUGGAAACCUCGUCGCAUCGAUGAGGAUGCAAUAACAUACCGUGAUAAAUAUGUCGUGGUGUACGAUUACAGUGAAAUUGACCAGGAAAAAGCUAUUCAGGAGCUCGGCGAGCUCGUCCGCGACCUCGAUUCUGUUGGUCUGCACACCGAAGUUCGCGCAGGUCACGAGCAGACCCUGCUUAUAUUCGUCAAAGCUCCGAGGGAGGUCCUCGGGAACUAUGUCUACAAGUCAAGGGUGAAAGACUGGCUCUAUGGAGUUUCUAGCGAGCGCCCGGAGGUCGGGGUCAAGAACCAGAUCGUCGACGGCGCCUUCGAGGCCGAGGACCUGCUGUCCAUGUACCAUCUGGUCAGCUGGAGCAAGAGUCUAGGCGGCGCCGGAAUCACGCCAGGUCUCGGAAAAUGGGAGAGAGUAAAGUCGAUAUUCCCUCUACACAACGAAAGGGUUAACCAGGGGCUGCUCAUCGACCUGAGCAAGCGCAUAUUCCUGACCAGGACCGACCUGGACCGCAUUCGAAACCUGUUCGGCGCCAAGGUGGCUAUGUAUUUUGCCUUCCUGCAGACGUACAUUGUCUUUCUCUUCUUCCCCGCCGUCACCGGCUUCCUGGCCUGGGCGGUGCUGCCCAAGUACUCCCUGGGCUUUGCCCUGCUCAUCGAGCUCUGGUGCAUUACUUUCCUCGAGUACUGGAAGCUGCAAGAGGUAGAUCUCGGCAUCAGAUGGACCGUCAGGGGUACCGGCGAACUCAAGGUCAACCGGCCAAAGUUCCAGCCUGACAAGAUCACCCGGGACAAGACCGGUGAGCUGGUGCACCACUAUGCAAAGUGGAAACAGGUCGUGUGGCAGAUUCCGCAGAUACCUUUCUUCAUUGCAUCACUGGUCAGCUUGGGAGGCAUCAUCGUUUUGGUGUUUGCCCUCGAGGUCCUGAUAUCGGAAGCGUACGAGGGCCCGUACAAAUACUAUCUGGAAUAUCUCCCUACCGUCCUCCUUGCUGUCCUCUUGCCCCGUAUUUCGGGCUUUCUAGAGGGCGUCACGACAACUCUGACUGAUUGGGAGAAUCACAGAACUGCAGACACGUACGAAAUGUCCCAGACGCAGAAGCUCUUUGUGCUCAACUUUAUCAUCAGCUAUCUGCCCAUUUUCCUGGUUGCUUUCGUAUAUGUACCUUUCGGGGACGUCAUUGUGCCCCAGCUCGAGGCCUUGGUUCACCGCUUCGUUUCAGCCAGCCACCUGACGUCGGCUUUCCGUUCGGACCCGGAUAAGCUUCGUAACGAGGUCAUCGCGCUCACCGUGACUGGCCAAAUCACUGGCGCGGGCGAGGAGCUCAUCCUGCCAUACAUCAUGCACAAGGGACGCAGCUGGUACCGAGACUGGCGGUCUGCGCGCAUGUCGCGGACCAAGACGAUCGACUUCAAAGCCGUCAUGGCGGACGACCCAGCCGAGACGGACUUUUUGCGCCGGGCGCGCAAUGAGGCCGACCUCGAAACCUAUGACGUGCAGGCCGACUACCUCGAGAUGAUACUGCAGUUUGGGUACCUGGCCUUGUUCUCGCCCGUGUGGCCCCUGGUCCCCAUCGGAUUCCUGGUCAACAACUGGUUCGAGCUGCGUUCCGACUUUAUCAAGAUCUGCCACGGUUCGCAGCGACCCGACCCGGUCCGCGCCGACUCGAUCGGGCCCUGGAUCGAAAGUCUCGAGUUCCUCACCUGGGCCGGCAGCAUCUCGACGGCGGCCAUCGUGCACAUUUUUGGCGAUCGCGACACCUGGGGCGGCCACCUGCUCCACCGAGGCGAGUGGUGGUCGCUGCCGCUAACGGUGUUUGUGAGCGAGCACGUCUACCUGCUCUCGCGGGCCGUGGUGCGCAACGUGCUGAACCGCAUCGGGUCGGAGCAGAUUCGCCGUGAGCGGCGGGAGCGCUAUGUCAUGCGCAAGCAGUUCCUCGCCGAGCUCGAGGCAAACAAUAAGGCCGCCACGGGUCUCGACGUCAAGGAGCGCGAGCGCCGCAAGUCGGUGCGUGUCACCGGCGCCGACCUCUUCUGGACCAAGCAAGUCGACGCCGAGCUCAGCUUUGAGGCUGGUGCAAACAUCAUACGGACGCUCAAGGCGGAUGCCGAGCGCCCCUCGGACUUCGAGGUCAAGGAGGAGUGA